UGAAAAUUUAAAGAAUUUGAAGACAUAUUCUUGCGUUUAUACUUAGUAAUUACACUUCUUCAUAAUACGAAUAUCAAUAUGUUACGAGCUAAACUUUUUAAUACUUAUAUAUUGACGUUCAUGAUACAUGUAUAUUGUGAUGUAUAUCUUUACAAAUCAUUACAUUCUCCAAAGAACAAUUAGAAUAAUUUUGCUUCUAUUUCAGUACCCUCUUAAAAAAAUGUGGCCAUUGUUAGUAAGGUCCAUGGGCCAGUUCGGUAAAUACCUAACUUUUCCUGUCGUGGUUAUUAUUGGAUUUGUUGGAUACAAUAUGGAAAGCUGGAUAUCCGAUCGUUACACUCCACCUACAAAACCCAUCACGCAACAACGGCAGGAGAGAUUACUAGAAAAUAUAGAUUCCUCGACUGCUAAAAAGAAACACAAUCCUUUGGAAGUUAAUCUUUCGCCAUCAUUGUCUAGUUAGAUGUGUUCUCCAUCACUAUGGGAGAUAGUAAUUACCACUUACAGAUCAAGUCUGAAUAAAUUGCUUAGUUUAUAUUGUAAUUGUUAAGUUUAAAAAUAUAUAUAGACGUUUGUCUUUUUUUACGCAA